AUGGCGACACCCGAAAACGCCCUCAUUGGUGCAACAAUCAACCGACUCUCUGGGCUCCCAGUUCCUCGGCUCCUUCGGCCACGCAACCCGGCAGACGUGCGCAGCUAUUCCGGAUACUCUGCCAUGUCUAAGCCGCGGGCAGACAAAAGCCCCGAUGUGGUACAGACGUCUUCAGAGGAUGGGCACACGGGGGUCACAGACUCACCAGAAAAUGGCGACACCAUCUACGUCAACGGGCAUCCGGUCAUUCGCAACGGAGCCGACGUGUCGCGGUUUCUCGUCUCAGAUCGCGACGAUGGCGACGCAGCGCUCACCUUUCGGUCCAUGGUCCUGGGCACGGCCUUCACAGCGCUGUCCAGCGUCAUCACCAUGCUAUACACAUUCAAGCCGACGCAGAUGCAGGUGUCGGCCGUCUUUAUACAGCUUCUGGUCUACAUUGCCGGCCAGGCGUGGGCGCUGGCAACACCGCCCCCGGACAGAGUGAAAUGGCCAUGGCUCCGCCGUGUCCUUGGAUUCCUCAACUCCGGCCAGCCGUUCGGCAUCAAGGAACACGUCGUGGCGUCCCUGAUUGCGUCCUCCGGGAACAACGGCCUUUCCGGCGUCGAGAUAUACGCCGUGGAAAGGCUAUUCUACGACCGGGCCGUGUCCGCGACGACGGCCGUCCUGGGCACCUUUUCCAUCUCGCUGUGCGGCUUCGUCCUGGCCGGCGUGCUGCGGCCGCUCAUCGUCUAUCCCGCCGAGAUGGUGUACUGGUCGACGCUGCCGCAGGUCGUGCUCUACCAGAACCUGCACUUUGACCAGCGCGAGAACCGCUCCCGCCUGGUCAAGUUUGGCUGGGCGAUGGCCAUGGCCGCCGCGUGGCAAGUGUUUCCCGCCUACGUGGUGCCGUGGUUCGGCGGCAUCUCUGUCUUCUGCCUGGCGUCGAUGGGUGCGCCCAUCGCAACGCGGCGCGUCUUCACCACCGUCUUUGGCGGCGCGUCUCCCAACGAGGGGCUUGGCUUGCUCAACUUUUCCCUCGACUGGCAGUACAUCCAGAGCGGGUUCUUGUCCCUGCCGCUGAAGCAGCAGUUGAAUUCGUGGAUUGGCUAUGGGAUAUGGUACGUGGCGAUGCUGGGGCUCUAUUACAACAACGCCUGGGGCGCCAAACGCUUCCCGUUCAUGUCGACGUCGCUUUUCAACGGCAACGGCACGAGAUUCAACACGACGUCCAUCCUCAACGGGGAGGGGACCAUUGACCAAGACAGGCUUGACGCCGUGGGCCUUCCCUAUAUGACGGCCACCACGGUCUGGGGCUACUUGACGGCAAACUUGGCCAUUGGCGCCCUCAUCACCCACGUCUUGAUCUUCUACGGCAAGGACAUGGCUCUCGCGUGGAAGCAGGCGCGCACCAGGGCCCAACCGGAUCCGCACUACCGAGCCAUGCUCAGGUACAACGAGGUCCCCAUGUGGUGGUACGCGGCGCUUUUCGUGCUCUGCUUUGUCGCCGGGCUGGUGGUCAACGUCAAGGGAGAAACCACGCUGCCGGCAUGGGGAUACGUGGUCGCGCUCCUCGUGGGAGCGUGCAUCGCCCCCUUCUCCUGCUUCCUCUACGGCCUCUACGGCACCGGCAUCGGCACCAACCAGCUUUCCAAAAUGGUCGCCGGCGCCGUGCACCCGGGCCGGCCGCUGGCCAACCUCUACUUUGCGAGCUGGUCGCACCAGGUGAUCCUGCUGGCCGUCAACCUGGCCAACUGGCUCAAGGUCGGGCAGUACACCAAGAUCCCGCACCGCGUCAUGUUCGGCACCCAGGUCUACGGCACGCUGCUCGGCGCGGGAUUCAACUAUGCCGUCAUGACGACAAUCGUCUCCAACCAGCGCCGUGUUCUCCUCGACCCCGCGGGGACCAACAUCUGGAGCGGGUCAACGUACCAGAGCCUCAACUCGCAGGCCAUUACGUGGGCGCUCGCCGGGCAAAUGUACGCCGCCGGCGGCCGCUACGUGCUUGUCCCCCUGGGCCUGCUUAUCGGGGCGGUGCUGCCGGUUCUGCAUUGGGCCCUGGGCAGGGCGUGGCCGCGGAUUCGGGCGUGGCCGAUCAACACGGCGAUUGUGUCGUCGUAUGCCGGACAGGUGUAUUACGGCAACACGUCCUGGAUUUGGUCGUCCAUUGCCGUUGGCGUCUUGUCGCAGCUGUGGCUUCGCAGAAGGCUGCCGGGGAUAUACAACAAGUACAACUAUCUCAUCGGCGCGGCGUUGGACGGCGGAUCGCAGAUUGUCAUUUUUGUCUUGUCGUUUGCCGUCUUUGGCGCGAGCGGUCAGGGGCAUCCGUUUCCUACUUGGUGGGGGAAUCCAGAAGGCAGUCCUGACCAUUGUCUUUGA